AUGAUCUCAGAAUUGAAUGUGAGGGAGUCUGAUGCAAGAGUGUGUGGUGAAUCCUCCUGUAAGUAUGGCGGCAUCUGUAAGGAAGACGGAGAUGGUGUGAAAUGUGCGUGCCAAUUCCAGUGCCAUACAAAUUACAUCCCUGUCUGCGGAUCCAAUGGGGACACUUAUCAAAAUGAAUGCUUUCUCAGAAGGGCUGCUUGUAAGCACCAAAGAGAGAUAACAGUAGUAGCAAGAGGACCAUGCUACUCUGAUAAUGGCUCUGGAUCUGGAGAAGGAGAAGAGGAAGGGUCUGGGACAGACAUUCACAGAAAACAUUCCAAGUGUGGACCUUGCAAAUAUAAAGCUGAGUGUGAUGAAGACGCAGAAAAUGUUGGGUGUGUGUGUAAUAUAGAUUGCAGUGGAUACAGUUUUAAUCCUGUGUGUGCUUCGGAUGGGAGUUCCUAUAACAACCCUUGUUUUGUUCGAGAAGCAUCCUGUAUAAAGCAAGAACAAAUUGAUAUAAGGCAUCUGGGCCAUUGCACAGACACAGAUGACAUUAGUUUGUUGGGAAAGAAAGAUGAUGGACUACAAUACCGACCAGAUGUGAAAGAUGCUAGUGAUCAAAGAGAAGAUGUUUAUAUUGGAAGCCAUAUGUCUUGCCCUGAAAAUCUCAAUGGUUACUGCAUCCAUGGGAAAUGUGAAUUCAUCUAUUCUACUCAGAAGGCUUCUUGUAGAUGUGAAUCUGGUUACACGGGACAGCACUGUGAGAAGACAGACUUCAGUAUUCUCUAUGUAGUGCCAAGUCGGCAGAAGCUCACUCACGUUCUGAUUGCAGCCAUUAUCGGGGCUGUUCAGAUCGCCAUCAUAGUCGCCAUUGUCAUGUGCAUCACAAGAAAAUGCCCUAAAAACAACAGAGGACGUCGACAGAAGCAAAACCUAGGCCAUUUUACUUCAGAUACGUCGUCCAGAAUGGUUUGAACUGACGACUUUUAUACGUACACUGACCAUGUGAUGUACAUUUAUUAUGUCUUUUUUUAAAGAAUGGAAAUAUUUAUUUCAGAGGCCUUAUUUUUGGACAUUUUUAGUGUCGUACUGUUGACUUGUAUCUAGAGGUAUUCAGCCACAACAGUUUGGGACUGUUUGGUAGUCUUCAUUUUAUGUUUUUAAAUACAGAAAUUGAUUUCAUGAAUUUGUACCACAUGGUAAUUCUCAGACUUGCUCUUUACCCACGGAAUGUAAUAUUUUUGCAACGAUGGACCACUUCACCAAUGGUUAGGAAGUUACACCCACUCUGAUCACAGCAAUGGUAAAGCAUGAACUGAAGGUAAAGAUGUUUACAGAUUACUUUUCUUACGAAAAAGAAAUCUAGAAGACACUGUGUUUAAAUAGAUAUUUAAAUGUUUUUGAGAUUUAGUAACUGAUUUUUUAGACAUUGCCUAUUGCAUGAACUGUAAAACUGUGUGUUAGAUGUAAAAUAUUUAUAAGAUGUAUGGACUGGAAUAUGAUUAUUCCUCUCUGGAAGAAAAACAAAGCAAUUCUAACAAUUUGGGAAAGUUUCUGGCAGUGAAGAUGGAGCAGAUUGCUGAAAAGUAGAUUUAGAUAUUGUGAAAAUAGGUUGUUUACCAGAUUGGAAUAAAGCUUUCUCAGCCAGUUAAACCACUUUAACAUGCAUUCGCUUUUAAAGAAAGUCUUUGUUUUAACCUACAUAAGCAAAUUGUAUCAGUGUUUGUGAAUAAAAUGCUAAAAUGGCCAUUAAAGAUGAGUGCUCUUAAAGUGAGCGGGGAAAAAAUGAUAUAAGACUUCUAUCCAAAUUGUCCUGUAGUUAUUAGCUUAGCGAAUAGAUUGUUGUUUAAAGAUCUGAAGUGUGAAUAGGAUGCAUUCAGCUGUUUUAACAUGUAGUUCAGAGAUUCAGACGUAUGCAUGUAGAAUUUAAGAAUAUGUUCAAAAUUGAAUAUUAAAUAUUUGAUUUGGAAAAGCAUGUUCUAAUAUAAUGUUUUCACGAUA